AUGGCGGAGAUCAAUUACUCCUGUCUCCGCAACAAACACGGAUUCCGGAAGAUGAAGCUAUUCACCGGAGUGCAAGGUAAGCAACAUCUUUGUCCUUUCAUCCCCGUCGUAGCUGCUCUAUUAAAACGUUUCUCCGGAAGUAUUGUGUCACCUGAUGAUGAUGUCAGGAAAUACUUGAAAUCGAUUCGUGGCAACGCAUGGCGCGACACUACCAAAGGUUGUGCAAGCAGCCAGCAG